ACGGAAGACAAUUUUCUGGAACAAAAAGAAUAGAUUACUUAUACUAUGUUCUAUGUAGUCUCAAUCUUCAGAUCUUACCGUUAACACUUUCAUGGACAUGAAAAUGUUGAUUCAGGCAUAGGACGUUCAUGUCCAUGAACGAUGGGCUCCUACUCUUCCAACUACUUGCGUUUACUUUCUUACACAAAGCUUCUGACUUCUCAUGUGAAUGAAGGCCGCCACGAGAAGGCACUUUCACUCUUCCGCCAUAUCCGUGCCACCCUUCCCCUCGACCCUUUCGUCUUUCCGCUAGUCCUCAAGUCAUGCGCCGCCCUCCGCCGCCCCUCCCUGGGCGCUGCCAUUCAUGCCCACCUGCACAAAGUGAAUUUCAUAUCCAACCCGUUCGUAGCGUGCGCGCUUGUGGACAUGUACGGGAAAUGCGUCUCGGUUGCCCAAGCCCACCACCUGUUUGAUGAGGUUCCCGUGAGAAAUAUAGUUGUUUGGAACUCAAUGAUUUCGCUUUACACCCAUGCUGGGAAUAUGCCAGCUGCGUUGGAGUUGUUCCGGGUUAUGGAUAUUUUGCCAAAUGCGUCGACUUUCAACUGCAUUAUAGCUGGGCUUUUGGACACGGAGGAGGGGUUUUCUAAGGCCAUAGCGAUUUAUAGAAAGAUGCAGAGGAUGGCUCUGAAACCGACUUUGAUUACAGUUCUUGCAUUAUUACGUGCUUCUGUGGGAAUAGCGGCAUUGAAUUUGACCAAAGAAAUUCAUGGUUUUUCAAUAAGGAAUGACAUUGAUCCACACCCGCAAUUGAGGAGUGGACUAGUGGAGGCCUAUGGCCGGUGUGGUUGCCUUGGCAAUGCACGUGCGGUGUUUUGGAGUAUGAGAGAAAAGGAUGUAGUUGCAUGGAGUAGCUUGAUUUCAGCCUAUGCACUCCACGGAGAGGCGAGAAUUGCACUCGAAAUUUUUGAUCAAAUGGAAAUGGCAAACAUAAAGCCAGAUGGGAUCACUUUUCUUGUGGUGUUGAAAGCUUGUAGCCACGCAGGUUUAGCUGAUGAAGCAAGAAUGCAUUUUUCUCGCAUGCAAGAUCAUUAUGGUGUGGAAGCAACUAGUGAUCAUUACGCUUGCUUAGUGGAUGUCUUGAGUAGGGCAGGCAAAUUAUACGAGGCGUAUGAUGUUAUCAAGCAAAUGCCUGUAAAGGUGACUGCAAAAGCUUGGGGAGCACUUCUGACAGCUUGCCGAACAUAUGGAGAAGUAGAGCUAGCAGAAGUUGCUGCAAAAGCGUUAUUUGAAAUAGAAUCUCAUAAUCCUGCUAACUUUGUUGCAUUAGCAAGAAUUUAUGCUAGCAAGGGUCGGUACGAGGAAGAACAGAAACUAAGAAGAGAAAUGAAAGAGAGGGGCGUUAGAACAGCUCCUGGUAGCAGUUGGGUUGUACAUCAAGAUUCAGUAUGAGCACAUGUCAAACAUGCCAUCCUUACAAAUAUUUGAUGAGACUUAUAUGGAAAAGUUUUGCAGAAUGGAUGCUCAGGAAAGUCAAGCUGGAACAUUGCUCAAGAAUCAAACAUUCUAGUAUGGGGCAUCCAGCUAGAAUACCAUUAACCAUGUCGUCAC